UUACAUCAGCAUAAACAAGAAGACACUCAGGCCUUACGUCUGAUUAAAAAUAUGUAGAUAACACUUCUACACAAUCAGGAAUACUUUCUCCAAAAGCUGUCAGCCUUUGUAGAAAGAAAUGCUUAUUUCCCUUGAAAAGUGACAUUUUACAAGCAAUUCCAGCUCUUAACGAGGAGAAGAAAGUUUGGGGAAAAUCCCAGCUGUAGAGAUAGUGGUCUUGAUUUUGAGUGUGGCUUAAAUGGGGUGAGCUAGUAAUUUGGUACCCCAAAUUCAGCAGUGAACUUGGAGUCACCCUGGCCAUUGCCUGUGCUGGCACUGCUCCCUGCACCAUGAUCAGCUGUGGCACAGUGGUGUGCCUGGUGUGGGGAUGGGGAUAGCAUGCAGCAACAAGGAGGAUCAGGAGAAGAGAGGAACAGAGCAGGGCUACCAGGCCUGCAGGAGCCUCCAUGUCUGCAGCAUCAGCACCGUGAAGGGAGAGGUUUCUUCUCUCAACCUGUGCUGAGAGUACAAAGAGCCAGAUCUCUAAUGGAUGGAUCCCAGGGAAGGCUGGGAGAAUGGGACAGGUCCACAUCCACCACCUGGUCUUCAGCAUCAUCUUCUGCCCCUGAGGCAGGGCAGGAGCUGUGCCAUUGCACAAGGACCCCUCAGUCUGGGAUUGCUGAGUCUGGCCAGCAGCCAUCCAGCCAGCACAGGGGCAGGAGAGCAGCAUCAGUGCCAGUCGGCUGAGUCCCUGCAUGCCCCCGCGCAUGACAUUUGAGCAGCUCCAUGUCCCAGCCAGGAGCCCAGCUCGGUCUAUUCAUAGCCCCAGCACCUCGCCGUGCACCAGCAGCCCUGCUGCUAUGUGCGAUUUGUUUCCCUCCCUUUUGAGCCCUGUCUCGCCCACGCAGCCUCACAGACACCUGCCGCUGCCGGCGUCAGAAAGGAUUUGAGAAAGCGAGUUCAACCUGUCGUAUGCGAUCCUGAUCCUGCAAACAUUUAAGCUGAAACAUUCCUGAUGAAGGUCCUGUAUUCCAAGGAGACUUAAAAAAAAGAGACUUUUGAGAUCAACCAUGGAUCGUAAGACUGAGGAGAAGAGAAAGCAGCACCAUAGCUUGACUUUGUUGGAACAAGUAAAGAGAAUGAAGGAAUCAACAGAGAUAGUUGAUGUGGUGCUAGUUGCAGAAGGUGAGAAAUUCCCCUGCCAUAAGGUGGUCCUGGCUGCCUUCAGUCCUUAUUUCAAAGCCAUGUUUACCUGUGGCUUGGCUGAGUGCACCCAAAGAGAAGUGGUGCUGUAUGACAUCUCUGCAGAGAGCGUGUCCGUGAUACUCCACUACAUGUACAGCGCGGAUUUGCACCUCACUAACCAGAACGUGCAGACUGUUGCCCUGGCUGCGUAUUUCAUGCAGAUGGAAGAGGUUUGCAAUGUGUGUCAGAAGUACAUGAUGGACCACAUGGACGCUUCCAACUGUGUGGGCAUCUACUACUUCGCAAAUCACAUUGGGGCAGAAGAUUUAUGUGAUCAGGCGAAGAAAUACCUGUAUCAGCACUUUGCUGAGGUGAGCUUACAGGAAGAAAUAUUAGAGAUUGAAGUCCAGCAGCUGUUGUCUCUCAUAAAAUCAGAUGACCUGAAUGUUUCCAGGGAGGAGAGCAUUCUGGACCUUGUCAUUAGAUGGGUAAACCACAGCAGAAAGUCACGGGUAGAGUACCUUAUUGAACUCCUGAAACAAGUGAGACUGGUGCUUGUCAGCCCAUCCUUUCUCGUGGAAGCCCGCAAAAGGAACACCAUGAUCCUGUGCAAUUCAGAAUGCAAUGAUAUGUUUGAGGAAGCGCUGAAAACCAUCAAGCUAGUCAGCCAACCUUCUCUCAGCCUGCGAUAUGGCAUGGAGACAACUGAUCUCUUACUCUGCAUCGGCAACAAUUCCCUUGGCAUUAGGUCAAGGCAUGGGAGCUACGCAGAUGCCAGUUUUUGUUAUGCUCCUGCAACAAAAAAGACUUAUUUCAUUUCCUCUCCAAAGUACGGAGAGGGUUUAGGAAGUGUUUGCACUGGUGUUGUCACUGAGAAUAAUGAUAUUAUUGUGGCAGGAGAGGCCAGCGCCGCCAAAAUGUCUAGACAAAAAAACAGGAACAUCGAAAUUUAUAGAUACCACCAGCGAGGAAACCAGUUUUGGCACAGCCUGUGCAGCUCUCAGCUCCGUGAACUCUAUGCAUUGGGUACUGUCCAUAACGAUCUCUAUGUAAUUGGAGGGCAAAUGAAAAUGAAAAAUCAAUACCAGGUCACCAACUGUGUGGAGAAAUAUUCCAUGGAGAAAGGUACCUGGAGAAGCACAGCACCUCUGCCGGUACCAUUAGCCUGCCAUGUGGUGGUGACAAUGAAGAAUAAGCUGUACGUGCUGGGUGGCUGGACACCACAGAUGGAUCUGCCUGACGAUGAGCCGGAUCGAUUAAGUAACAGAACGUUUCAGUACGACCCAGGCCAAGACAAAUGGACAGAGCGCGCACCAAUGAAGUACUCCAAAUACCGCUUCAGCGCUGCCGUGGUCAACAGUGAGAUUUAUGUCCUGGGAGGAAUUGGAUGCCUUGGUCGUGACAGGGGGCAGACACGGAACUGCCUUGAUGCAGUGGAGAUUUAUAACCCUGAUGGAGACUUCUGGAGGGAUGGACCUCCUAUGCCUUCUCCCCUCCUCUCCUUACGAACAAACUCUAGCUGUGCAGGCUCAGUGGAAGGGAAGCUGUACCUCUGUGGAGGAUUUCAUGGAGCAGCUCGUCACGAAGUCAUCACCAAGGAGAUCCUCGAGCUCGACACAUGGGAGAACCAGUGGAACGUGGUGGCCAUCAAUGUCCUCAUGCACGACAGCUACGAUGUCUGCCUCGUUGCGAGGCUGAACCCACGGGAUCUUAUCCCUCCUCCCCCCGACUUAGUGGACCAAUAGAAGUUCAGUGACUCUCUGCUUCCAGAUUCUGCAGAAAUUGAAGAAUUUGGAGAGACGAAUCGUGUUGGCUCUGGAUGACAGCUGAGCCCCAUGGAGAGAAGCCCGCAACACAUGCUUAAGGACAGAGAUGCCUUUGAACUGCGCUUCUUGAACAAUGCUUAAUUUGCUAGUACUGGUACUUACUGGUAUUUUUGUGAUUGAAAGCUGAGGUUGCCAUCCUCUGUGUGUCACUUGGGCACACUGUCUCUUGGUCUUCCAUUUGGCUGUGCAAGCUGCAGUGUUUGGUGCAGCCUGGGCUUCUGGGACCUCUGCCUUGCCAGCAAGGGGGCAGCCCAGGGCUCACAUCAUAGCAGAGCACCCCAUAGGAAGGAGAGCUCUAGCCAGGGAAAACCCUCUUUUGUUGUUCAACCCACUGAGUUCUUCUGAGCUACCGAGGGGACUAAGAAAUAUCUGAAGUCAGAUGGAAAAAAAAAACAAAAAACAAAAAACAACAGUUCAGCUGUACCUCAGUAACAGGCUAUUUGACUGAUGUAGGAGUGGAGGGAAGACAGAAAAGGGCAUUUGGUUGUUUAAACAAGUAAAAGCAUUAGUCAAGGUUUGUAAGCCAAGUACAUCAGCUACUGCAAACAUUAUCUAAACCGCAGCCAGGACAGUCAAGUCAUCCUUUCUUUGUCAACAGAGCUGAGUCUGUGCUGGCAGAAAACUGGUCUUCUGGCAACAAGUCACAAAUGAGUCUUUCAAAAGAGAUGGCCAACUUUUGUACCAAAGAAGAAGAAUCCUAAAUUUCUGCAUAGAUUCUACCUGUCAUGAGGCAGGACCACCUGGUCUUGUGUGACCAGGAUCUUAAAGCUAGAAACCCCUAGCUUUAGCAAGUGCUAAAAGAGUGAACAAUAAAAUUGCACAAGAACGAUCACUGUCAGCAAGAAGGUGCUUUUAAGGUUGUAAAAGCAGUGACAAAACUGGAAGGAAAUAAUUGGCAAAGAAAUGAAGGAAUCCAUCAGGUAGCUCAUCUGUAGUUACUAGCGUGUUUUGCAAUUCAGAGCAACUCCAUUUUCUUUUUCAAUCAUUUAUUAGGCUGAAACAAAACACUUUUGGUGUUUUUUUUUUUUUUUUUUUUUUUUUUGGGGGGGGGGGGGGGUUGGUUUUUUGCUUGUAAUUCAUAUGGCAGAGAGGGAUGGAGAGGACAGCUCCAAAGCACUUCCUUAGUUCUGACUUUUCUAUUCCUGACCUGUUCUCUAGGAUAUCCAGUGGGAAUAUUAAACUGCUGUAUAAAAACAAUUAGCAGGAAGGUCACUAAAGUUUACCUGAUAACUGCAGUCCCUUGCUGAGGAUUGCCCACACAAUAAGGGAGGUAGUGAGGGGGGGGACUAAGGAAAACAUGCAGAAAAGGAGUGAUCUGUGAUCUGAAAAACUGAUCUCUUCUCCCCAUACAUGUAUUUUACAGGCAGAAUGAGUGUCACAGCCUAAAUGCAUACUCUUCUGUUCAUAUCAGUUCUGUAUUGUGCAGGGUUUUGGUUUUUUCUUCCUUUGAUAUGUGGGUUGUCAUCUGUCUAUUGGAGAGUUGUGACAAGCAAGAGCUGAGUGGUGCUCAUCAGUGACCAGUUCUUAAUCUUAACCUCUCUGGUCACAAAACACUGUUGUAGGUGUAAGACUAAGGAGGUGACAAAUUUUUGCUUUAAUACGUUUUUAAGCAAAACCAGUAGAUUGUUUUCCAAUUAACUGUGCAACAUCAAAAACUCUUUAACUUUUAGUUGUUACUGCGAACUAAAGGUAAUCCUGUAAUUUCUCUGCAGAGCUCUCAAGUCAGCAGGAAGCAAUGCUCUUGAGAGGCCGCUCUCAGCUCAGCCAAACUGCUGUUUCCUUCUGAUUACUUCAAAUUCUGCAAUGCAUCUACUGAUUUUUCUAUCACCGUUUUUGUUUUAAGGGAGAAUGUUUUAAGGGGUGGGUGUGUUUUUUUUUUUUUUUGUCUUUGGUCUCUGCUCUGUGUCUAUGCCUGAUGAUUCAAAUCCUCCAUGGUUUAAAGCCUGAAUUAAUCUGCUGGAUUUCACACUCUGGGUAGUUCAAGUGAGGAAGGAGGCUUUUGCAGACUUUCAUUUGAUGUAUUUGAAUGUAUAUGUGGAAUACAGCUGAGACUCUGUUAAACCAUUAUUCCAGUAGUGAGCUGGCCGUUUCCCUCAUGCUUGGUAUGCUUUGUUUUUAGGGACAAUCAGUGAGCAGAGUGAAAAGCAUAUUCCUCGAAGUCAUCUCUCUUGAUCACCAAGGAAAGUAAUUGCAUAUGUUUAUAUGCGGGCAUUGCAAUCAGAUAUCUUGAGCCAUAGUGGACAAUUAAUAGAUUUUUCUUCACGUGCCACUGGAAAGCUACCUGCUCUUGCUUGUAUGGAGCAUUGUUUUGCUUGUGUCCAUGUGGCCUGGCUCUUAACAGGAACUCUGGUGUGUCCCUCUGUUUCUGUCCAUGUCCAGCAGACAGCAAGGCAUUGUUUUCUUCUGGAUUAAAUAUCUAGAAUGUGGGCAAAGGCAGACUAAUUUAGGUUCCAACUUUAAACUUUUGUGAGGGCCCCAUUUAGUUCAUUGUUUUUCCCUGGGGUGACUACAAUUUCUAUGCUAAUACUUGGAAAUGAAAGCUUGAGGAAAGGAAGGAAGAAGUAGAAAGCAUGCUUAUUGAGAGGUACAGAUCUGAGCCAAAAUCCUUCCAAGAGUAUGUGAAUGUGUCAGCAUGUCUGAUAUGUUCAUGGGUAAUCUCACAUAGCUGGGAAAGUCCUUAAGAGUUUUAAUUUCUUCUAUUACAAAUCCUGAUGCAAGCAAAUUACAGAAUAUGCAUUCUCCAAGCUUGUGAGCUUUACUGAAAUAAUAGUUUACUUCAGCCGCUUUCUGGCUGAGCCGUAGUUAGCUGAGUGUUUAAUCAAGGCUGCCUUGACAUCGUCCAUAAUUCUAAAAUGUGAACAAAGCAGUGCUGACAAGCUAUGGACUAUUUAAAUGAAUGGGGGGAUUAUUAAGCAAAGGCAUGCACUUCAGUUUCACUUGAAGCACUGAAGUACAUCAAGAGUUGCCAAAUAUGAAGAAAAAUGCUGGAGAGGUAACUGGUCAUGUGGCCCACAGGGAAUAAAAAAAUAAUGAAAUGCUCUGAAAAGCUAAUUGAGGCUCUUCGUUUUAUCCCCAGUUAGUGUUCUAUUCUGAAAUUGUCCAUGCAUAACUGAUUUCACAAGGAUCCCUGUGGAUGUCUAAUCUGUUUUCAUCCAUGUGGUCACAGGAACUGCUCGUGUGUGCAAACCAUCAGGCACUUGACUACCCAUUCUACUAGGGUGGCUUGUGGCUCAGUCUCUGCUCAUUCCAGGCAAACACACAAUUUCCAUGUGUGCAAUACUGAAAUGCAGGGGGCAGGUGCUGGAUUGUGUUCCAGCUGUAUUCUGCCAUUCAGGAUGCCUUGACUUGCCAGCAGGAAAUCUCCUUGGUGUAUAUAAAGCUGUCGGAUGGCUCCCCCACCAGCACUCCCGGGUAUGUUCCAGGCAAGAGGCUGAGGUAGCAUCAAAACUGAGACACCAGUAACAAAACUUAGAGCUUCCCAGAAUGUUACAAUACACAGAGGAGCCUAGUGGUGCAGAAUGAUGCUCACAUCUCUUCCUAGAGCAAGUUUAAUAUGUAAAAGGAUUGCACCCUAGAUGUUAAUCAUAGUUUUCCUCUACUCAAAGGGUGUGUUGAUACCCUUGAUCACCUGAAAAGCAACAAAAACAAAUGCUAGUGUGUGUAUAUAUAUCAUUUUAAAAUAUAUUUAUGAAGAUCUGAUUGUUUCUCUGCUGAUCUGGAAAAUGACAUUAUUUUAAUAUGGAUUUCCCUAGUGAAUGCUGUCUUAGCUACAGGGACGGUCUCACAGGCUGUUCUCCUAAUGGCUUAUGUAGUACCUUUAAAAAUUUGUUUCAUGAAUCAUAACUCUUUGAAUCACCAGGUCAGAAUUUCAGCUGCUCUAUUGCACAUUUCUGUGGCUCUUCCUACAGCUUUUCAAGUGGACUCUAGCUGUAGCUUCAAAGCAAAGCUAUUUCACCCCCAUUUGUGCUCAGCUGGAACUAGUACAUUUGCAAUUUACAAUAAUUUGACAUGUUGAGGUUGAAAGCAAAGGAAAUAUUGGAAAAUGGAGAAAAUAUACACAGGACUUACACAGAGAACGCUUUCCUUCUUUUUCCCUGUGUUUACUGCCCUGCCUGGGUGUCUGAUGGAAUGAUUUAAUAACAACCCAUGAUUGCAGCCAUGGCAAAGGCCACGCUGGGACUACAUUUGUGCUGCUGGAGCAGAGAACCAGCACGGAGCAGGGAUGUGGCUCCUGGCAGACUUGCCUGCCUCGCUAGGAGAAAUUACCUUCAAAAAAAAAAAAUAAUGCAUUUAAGUGUUCCAGGAUGUAUGGUUGUAUGUGUUUUAUAUACAUAUGUAUAACAUUAUUUUUAGAAGUUCUUUACUGACAGCAGUAGGAUCCCUUUUUAACACAUACCUGGCAACUCUGUCUUCUGCAUAUCUCAUCAAGUAUUUCAAAUAAAGUGCUGUUCUUUAAAUAUAUGGAACUCUUCCAGCCUUCAAUUCAAAACUAAGCUUAAGUUCCUUGCUGAGUUAAGGGACAACUGGGGAAAUCUUUUUGACCUGGCCUAUGCCUCCUUCCUUCUCCAAGUCUUUUGCUGGCUGUAGCUCUCCCCUCAGCAGCUCAGAGUCCUCUUCAAGUUUGCACAGGUUUGUUCUGUUUCUUUUUCCCUACUCCUGCCUCAGCCCACUUGCCUAAUCAGCCUGUUCACUCCUUCGUCUCCCCAGAAGAUGGGAACAGCUAUUCAAGGUGUUCACCAGGCUCCAGACUGCUCAGGUGCCUGAUGCUCCAGAAAAGAAUCAGCUUUGAAGGACAGAGGACAGCCAUACCAGCUUCCUGGAUUUGAGGACAUGUCUCUGAGCAGGUUCAGGUCCCAGACCAAAUUCUACUUUUUCUGCUGUGUCACUGGCCUUUUGGCCAUGAGCUGGGAGGGAAGGCAAGUGACCCGUGCUCUUCUUACUCUUGCCACUGUCUCGCUGCAUGAUGCUGUUAAGUUUGAUGCUAAAUGCCUUGCAUACUGUGCGUGCCAUAGCUGUAAUGAUUGCAGGCAGAAGCCAUUAUCAUUAUCUCUGACUCUUGAACACUAGUUGCUGCAAAAGCUGUCUGAAACACAGAGGGAGGCAUCUUCAUUAUUGCAUUAUAGAUCACGUCUUCAAGCUAGAUUUUGUCCUGAAGUUUCAGUCAGGCCAGGUUUCCCUAGAGAACCUAGUCUCUAGUUUAUCAUAUUGAGUAUUGUUUUGCUUUGUUAUUUUUCUUCGUUUUAUCCUUUUCUAAUCAUUCUUUACAAGAAUGUAAGUGCCUUCACCAGCUUUUCUAUGAAAUGCAUUAGCCAAACCAGCCUCCUGAGGCCACUGGCUUUUCAUCACCAGGGUCGAAGUACAGUCACUGAAAUGACAGUCAGCUGCACUACUUUAUUUUCUCAUUCAGCAACUUCAUAGUAGAGGAAAUGUAUUUCAUCCAUACAUACGGUAAUGUGAGAGGAAACCACUUCCCACAUACACAAAUCCCUGACUCAUUCUUUUCAGACGUGGCUGAAACAACUGCAAAAUCCUAACAUAAAAAGCUAUGAUACCCAUUCAGUAGGCUCUCAAGCUUUUCAGCAUCAGGAGGAGGAGCACAGGGAGGCGUUGGUUUGUAACUAGAGCACAGAUCUGAAAUCUGAACCUCUGGGCUUUGUUUCUAGUUCAGUCAUCAGACUUGGGCAUCUGGUCUCUGUGCCUAGGCUCAUCCAUGUAAAAAUACUUAUACCAAUACAUCCCUACUUGUUUUGUGGGGCUGCUUUAUUGUGUUUUUAGAGGGGGUGAUGUCUGUAAUGUUAUGCUGAGAUCCAGAGAUCACAGAAUGUUAUACAGUGGUAGAAUAAUAGUGUUAUUGCACCUUUGCCAUCUCCCUGGUUUUGGUAACACAGUUGUACACACCAAUCAAAGCCUUCCUGGGAAAGGAGAGACUGGGUGUCUGCAGCUAAUGGUAUUUUGUUCAUCCCUUCCCUGGAAAACAAAGAGGGAUGUUAAACAGUGUAAUACAUUUAGUAGAAGAAAUCUAAGGCUGAGUGCAUGUGCCUUCACAGCCAGUCACACUUCUAUAUAGGCAGAACUAAUCUCAUAAAAUUAAGAGGUCACUAAUUGAGGCUGAAUUCGAACAGUAGUAAUUAGAAGAAUGAGUGAACUGUAUGUUUCUUAAAGCAGACCUGAUUUAAUAAAUUAUGCAGUUUAGAUGGACACAAUUGCUAUCAAGCAGAAAAAAAAGGUGGUUUACAGAAGUGUAUCAGAUUUACUGGGUAACUGAGACCUGAAUUACCUGAAUUGAUAUGAAGGCAGCUGCCUUUAGUCCCUGGGGGUUUCCAUAACAAAUCUGUAAUGCAUUUAACUGGCCACUAAAAGGUACUGUUGAAUGUAAGAAAUUGCCUACAGAAUAUGCAUAAGAGGGUUUUAGGAUCUUGUUAAUGUGUAAACAAUGUGACAUCUACUUGCUGACUUACAGAAUUUUUACUGGGGAUUAUGCAGCCCACCAGUGUGCACAAGUAAAAAAUCUUAGCUGAAUUGACAGGUAAUUUAUAAUACAUGAGACCUGAGAUUCUAAAAAUCUUUCACGUUAAGACAAGUUUUGCAGGGUAUGGAACAUUUGUUACAAACAUUGUUAGUAACAAACAGGGAGAUUCACUGGCAUUUCCCUGAAGUUAAAAAGCCUCAGCAAAGCAAAUAAAUAAAUGUGGUUAUUUUGUUGGA